AUGUGGCUGGGAGUGACAUCGACAGCGGUUCACGACGACGGAACGCCUUCGUGUCGGGUCCCCGCCCCCUGCUUCUACUGGAACGCCACGAAGCGGAUCGCGCAGGAGACGGACUGCAGCCGGGAGUUGGGCGUCUUCUGCUUUUAUCCGCCCGGCGUGAACUGCUCGCACGAUCUUCCCUACAAUGUGAGCUACCGCCUGAUAUCUGGAACGCCGGUGGGAAUAGAAGAUGCGAGGAAGCUGUGUGGAGAUGCGGGCGGAACUCUUCCCUUGCAUCUCGAUGAUCUCAGCAUCUACGAAAAUUUCCUCAAUUUCCUCGAAUCGGUCAAUCCCACGACCGGGCAGUAUUGGGUCGGCCUGGAGAUGUCGAAGGAGAAGACGCGACGGUGGAGCGAUGGAUCGUGGCUGUGCAAAACGUCUCACUUCAAGUUGGAUAAUGACGACGUCAAGAGUAUUUCGAACAUGGACGACGUUUGCUAUCGAUUCGACGUGUCAGACCGGCGCCUCAAGGAUAAGCCGUGCGAUUCGAACGAGUUUUCCGUCGUCUGCGAAUUCCACGACUACGGGUGUCACCUGUUGAAUCCGUCUCCCGUCUUGUCUUCCGGGAGUCCCCUCCUCUUCCCCCGAGAAGAGGCUGCCGAAAUCUGCAGGAAAAUCGGCGGGAAUCUGCCCGUGCAGACGGAAACGGAUGAAUACUGGGAUUCACUCGAUACGAAGGAUUGGAAAAAAGUUCCGAUGUGGCUGGGAACGAAGAAGGCAGACCCUCGCGCGCCAGUCCAAUACUGGGAUAACGGGAUCCCGGUGUGCAAGGCCCACCUCGUCGACCGCGCCAACUCCUCCUGCUUCGCGUGGAACCCGGGCGAGUCCAUCAUCGAGGACACCCCCUGCGGGGAGCGGAGGGCAGUCGUCUGCGCCUUCCCGGAGGGCCGGGACUGCACGCCCCAUGUCGGCUACGUGAGGAAAUUCGAGGCGUCGGGGGACGGGUUCAAAACCUACGACGAAGCUGCGGGAUUGUGUCGUUCUCGCGGGGGGAUCCUGCCCGUUCAUCUGGACAGCGCCUCGAUCGUGGAGACCCUUCGGAAUAACAUGAGCGCCCCUGCCGUCAACAUCUCCUCCUUGUACAUCGGGAUGCGAACGGGAUCGGACGGGAUCCGGCGAUGGGCGGACGGAGAGCCAGUAUGCGACCCCGAGGCCUUGGCCCUCAAAGAAGAUAAUUUCACCGAUACCAAUUCCGUCGAGGGUUUGUGCUAUCGAUUGAAGAGCACUUCCUCGGGAUUCACGGUCGAGAACAGGAAUUGCACCGAGGCCAAGUUCAAGGUCAUCUGCGAAUUUCAUUCGAAUUCGGCUUGCUUCUCCCCUCCUCCUGUCCCUCCCGGCGGUGGCAUCGAAUACGACUGGAAUUCAGGAAAUGUACGUGAGCAUGAGACAGCACGGUUGGAUGGUGACGUACAGAUGUCCCAACGGCAGCCUGUUCUUGUCCAAAUUCCCAUUCGUGUCCAUGCCAUGUCUCGCAACGGGACUCUGGGACACGGACAUCCUUGCCAGCGCCGGCUCUUGCAUUCUUUCAGGUUCCUACAGUCCUACAUAUACGAAACGCCACGCGGAGUUCAGGUCAGUUUGGAUGAGGAGGUCGUGCUGUCUGCUCCUUACGUGUAG